CAUUAAGUUGUCAAAAUUUGUGAGAAUAGGAAGUGCGUGACAGUUCAGUUCGAUUCGAGACAAAGCAGCGAGAUUCUAGCCCAGCCACCAGAAUCAGGCAACAGUAUCAGCUAAAACCCUGAUCGGAUCUCGUCGGAGCGGGACUCUCGGGUGGACAAUCGCCAGGAACCAACCACUCAGUCGACCUAUUCAGACCCACGCCAAGUCAAAACAAAUUAAACCAUGCAAAUUCCCCGAUCGUAAUCGGAAUUUCAAUCACAAUCACAAUCCGUAACGCGGCCGACCUGUUAAUAGUUUAAUUAGCGGUCAUAAAUAAUAACACAAGAAUUAAUUGAUUUUCGUUAUAAAUCAAUAAAUAACUAACCAACCAGACUGCCAGCCAAGCUGUUCAAUCAAGUGCAGCCCGUUAAAAAGGAGGGGAAAAAUCAGAUCGCGCCGGAGCUAAAUAUUUUUAGGUGCUGAAAUGAAACUAUUUACCAACAAAAACCAGCGCAAUGCAAAGCUGCUGCGCUGCGCUGCCCUCGGGAUGACCCUGCUGUUCUUCGGCUCGCUGGUGCUCAUCGCGGACCCUUUGCAGAGCAUCCUGGAUGCGCAACUGAGCUUGAAGCCCGGUGCCUUGCUCCAUCGACUGUGGCUUCUGCCGCCGAUCGACGUGUACAUCAACGUGUACAUGUUCAACUACACUAAUGUGGACGAUUUCACAGCUGGCAGGGCAUCCAAGUUGCAGGUCCAGGAGGUGGGCCCUUAUGUUUACAAGGAGAUUCUGAGCAACCACAACAUCACCUACAACGAGUCAAACAACACCAUAACCUAUACGCCGAGACGCGAAUAUGUCUUUGCACCGGAGCGAUCUGUGGGCGAUCCCAAGGUCGACCGCAUCCGGGCUCCCAAUAUCCCACUCAUGGGUGUGACCACUCUGGCCUCCAGUCUAUCGAUGUUCGCCGCCCUGGGACUGAGUGCCCUUACCAGGCGACUCAACUCACAGCCAAUGCUGGAGAUGAGUGUCCACGACUACAUGUGGGGCUACGAAGAUGACCUGGUGGAACUGGCCUCUCGAUUCGUGCCCAACUGGAUUGACUUCACCAGCUUUGGCAUCAUGGAGAAGCUUUUUCGGGAGGGAAAUGAGAGCAAUGUGUUCAACAUGAACCUGCGGGAAGGCAAGGACAAAUACGGAGUGAGGCUGCCCGAUGCUCCUCGUGGUUACACCGUGAACAGCAUCAAUGGAGAGCGCGGAUUCAAGCGUUGGCAGUACGACGAGGAGACCAAUGGCACCAUGUGCAAUAGGAUCUGGGGCAGCCAUGAUGCCACCCUCUUCCCACAGGACAUGGAUGAGAACGACGAGUUCUACCUGUACAGGCGCACCUUCUGCCGGCGCCUGCCCGUGAAGUUCAACCGCACCACCAGCUACAAUGGUCUGGAUGCCUUCGAGUUCGUGAUGGAGCCGGACUCCUUCGACAGCGAGCUGGGCGACGCCAACUCCUCGUGCUACUGCAAGAACAACCGCUGCCUCAAGAAGGGUGUUGGCAGCGUCUCACCCUGCUACUACAACAUUCCUCUAGCCAUUACGUAUCCGCACUUCAUGCACGCCGAUCCCAGUCUUCUGGAGCCUUUUGAGGGCCUCCAACCCAACGAGUCGCGCUUCACCUCCACCUUCGUGGUGCAACCGCAACUGGGAUCUCCGAUGCAGGGCACCCACCUGCGGCUGCAGGCCAACCAGGUGGUCGGAAAGGUCAACUUCAACCGGAUGAUGGAGCCCUUCGAGAACAUGAUAUUGCCGCUUCUGUGGGUGGACCUGAACAUCGAUGUCCUGUGCCUGAGCCUGCGGGUGCUCAUCCACGGCAUCAAGUGGGGCUUCCCGCUGCUGCAGUGGAGCGCCGCCGCGGGAAUGCUGCUGGCCGGCGUUUACCAGCUGUGCAGCGCCCUGAUGCUCUGCCUUUGGCCCGCCGCCAAGCAGUUCCAGAAGGUGGACCAGGCGGAGCGGGGCACGGCGGUGCAGAUGAUCGGGGCUGGCCUCAGCUUGGCCAGCGGGCUGCGGAAGCCGUCGGUUCAGCUGGAACCGGAGGAGCAGCACCACCUGCUCCUCGGCGGAGGUGGCUUUUUGCCCAAGUUGGCCAAGGCGUAACCCAGCGGCGGACCGGAAUGCCUACCUCAACUCAAGAAGAGGAACACUGUGAUAUUUAGGCUUAAGAUUCGGUGUAAAUUAUUGUGCUCAUCGGAAACAACUUAGGGAACGUCCGUGCCUACGUACUAGUUAACGAUAACGAUAAGUUUGGGCUACACUUAAAGUAGAGUGGUAACAGUAAGCAAUGUACAGCUGAGCUUGCACUCGAUAAAUACAGGUCGAUAGCAAUGUAA